UGCGCCCCCUGCGCGCCCCUGACGCCGCCUGCGCCCCUCUGACGCCGCCUGCGCGCCCCCUGGGAUUACGGCGACAGCGAAGGAGAGUCCCGGCUGCAGCCGCGUCCCUAGCCGGCGGGCGGCCGCACCGCCGCCCUUAACUGCGAGUCUCCGGUAAGGCAUUUAGCUAGAAGGGGCUUCAGUUCCCCACUUCAAGCCACCACUUUCAAAUCCCUCGAAAAAUCAACCACAGCAACCACUUAAAAAUGAAAAAAAUAACUCUGAUGAAGUAAAAUUUCCUUCCUUUUGAUUUAUGUCUGUGGAUAGAAGGCCAAGGCUGUCAGAGCACACACCCUGUGCCGGUCACAUAAGCUGCUGCAGGAGGCUCCUGUGUCGGGGGUCCCCAUUCUUCACCCUCCACAGAUGCAUCCCCUUCUCCACGUGGAGACUCUUCAGUUCCUUCCAUUGAAGAGACAGCGCUGCUUCUCUGGACCCUUGACUCUGAGUCAGGCCAUGUGACUUGUUCUGGUCAAUGGGAUGCCUGCUGAUGUGACACCUGAGGAGGCUCAGGACAGACUUGUGUUUUUCUGUGCCACUGCUGUGAGCGUGUGCCUGGGCUCUGGCUGAGGGAUGAGGUGUGAGGUGAAUCAUCCCAGAUGGGGCCAUCCUGGACCAUCCAACAGCAGCUUCUCUGGACAGGGUGUUCAUAAGAAUGGAAGCAGUGUUUCCUUGCCAGAUUCCUUAUUGCUAUAUCUCAUGAACCUGCGUAAUCUUGGGGAAAAGCCUAUAUUUCAUGAUGACAAACCUGUCACCAGUAUAGCAACAACAUUUUCCAAGAUGAACCGAUACACAACCAUGAGGCAGCUGGGGGACGGCACCUAUGGGAGUGUGUUUAUGGGCAAGAACAACAAAUCCGGGGAGCUGGUGGCCAUCAAAAGGAUGAAGAGAAAGUUCUAUUCUUGGGAUGAAUGUAUGAACUUAAGAGAAGUUAAGUCUCUGAAAAAACUUAACCAUGCCAAUGUGAUUAAACUGAAAGAAGUUAUCAGAGAAAAUGACCAUCUUUAUUUUAUAUUUGAAUAUAUGAAAGAAAACCUCUAUCAAUUAAUGAAAGAUAGAAACAAGUUUUUUCCUGAGUCAGUCAUCAGAAAUAUUAUGUAUCAAAUAUUGCAAGGCCUGGCUUUUAUCCAUAAACAUGGCUUUUUUCAUAGGGACAUGAAACCAGAAAACUUGCUUUGUAUGGGUCCAGAACUUGUAAAAAUUGCUGAUUUUGGACUUGCAAGAGAAUUAAGGUCACAGCCACCAUAUACUGAUUAUGUCUGUACCAGAUGGUAUCGUGCUCCUGAAGUUUUGUUAAGAUCUUCAGUUUAUAGCUCUCCCAUUGAUGUGUGGGCUGUUGGAAGUAUAAUGGCUGAAUUAUAUACAUUAAGGCCACUUUUCCCAGGGACAAGUGAGGUUGAUGAAAUCUUUAAGAUUUGCCAAAUUUUAGGGACUCCCAAAAAAAGUGACUGGCCUGAAGGAUACCAGCUUGCAUCCUCUAUGAAUUUCCGCUUUCCCCAGUGUGUUCCUAUAAACUUAAAAACUCUUAUUCCAAAUGCCAGUAAUGAAGCUAUUCAGCUUAUGACUGACAUGUUGAAUUGGGAUCCAAAGAAACGACCAACAGCAAGCCAGGCAUUGAAACAUCCAUAUUUUCAAGUUGGUCAGGUAUUAGGCCCUUCCUCAAAUCAUCUGAAGUCAAAACAGCCUUUACACAAGCAGCUGCAACCAAUAGAACCGAAGCCACCUUUAGUUGAACUAGAGCCUAAGCCUCUGCCAGAUAUAAUUGAUCAGACUGUGGGACAGCCUCAGCCAAAAACCAGCCACCAACCACUGCAGCCCAUUCAGCCGCCACAGAACAUGAGUGUCCAGCAACCUCCAAAGCAACAGAGUCAGCAGAAACCGCCACAAACACUAUUCCCAAGUAUCAUCAAAAACAUGCCAAAUAAGCCAAAUGGCGCACUGGGUUAUAAAAAUGCGAGGAGGUGCUGGGGCCAGGCUGUCUUCAAGUCUGGAGACAGCUGGGAGGAGUUUGAAGAUGGUGAUUUUGGAGCCUCCCAUUCCAAGAAGCCAAGCAUGGACAUUUUCAAAGAAAAGAGGAAAAUAGAUACUCCAUUUUGGCUUCCUGAGUCAGUACCCUCAGGCUCCAACCACUCCCUAGGGGAAAACAAGAACUUACCUGCACCUCUUUCUCUAAAAUCUGAAUCUGAAUUGUCAACUGCUUCAACAGCUAAACAGUACUACUUGAAACAAUCAAGAUACCUUCCAGGUGUAAAUCCCAAGAACGUGUCCUUGAUAGCCAGUGGAAAGGAGAUAAACCCACACACUUGGUGUACUCAGUUAUUUCCCAAGUCAUUGGGACCCACUGGGGCAGAACUUGCUUUCAAAAGGAGUAAUGCAGGAAAUCUUGGAAGUUAUGCUACUUACAAUCAGUCAGGAUAUGUUCCUUCCUUUCUUAAAAAAGAAGUGGGGUCAGCUGGCCAGAGGAACCACUUGGCACCUCUCGGUGCGUCAGCUUCAGAAUAUACCUGGAACACAAAAGCUGGUCGGGGGCAGUUUUCAGGACCUACUUACAAUCCUACAGCAAAAAACCUAAAUAUGAACAGCACACAGCCGGUGCAUGGGAGGACAGACUGGGUGGCCAAGUACGGCGGCCACCACCGGUAGGAGUCUCUGGUUGAAGUCCCACAGCAUUGCUCCACAGAGUGUGUGCAAGUUCACUGGCCCUGGGAAAUGUCUACAGAUGUCUAUUUCUACUGAGUUCUGGAAGAAAUAUGCAAUAGUGGGUACUCUGAAGAGCAAAAAUCAUCUCCUAUUUUGUUUCUUUCUGAGAAAUGAAAUGCAUUUUCUUGGCAUCAUUGCUCACAGUGCUGAUAUAUGAGUAGGACUUUACAAAGUAUUGAAUAAACUAUUUGCCAAAGUA